AUGACGACCCUGGACCAUGUGAUCGCCACCCACCAGUCCGAGUGGGUCUCCUUCAAUGAGGAGCCACUCUUUCCCAUCCCUUCUGAGGGGGGCCCCAAAGAGCAUGUCCCAGGAGCCUCCUCUUGCUCAGACCAGUCCGAGAGCUCCUCUGGGGAGCACCAUGUCUUGGAUGGAGGCUCUCAGGACCUUUCCCACUCAGAGCCCGAUGACUGUUCUGAAAAGCUGGGCCUCAUCUCUGAAGCGGCCUCGCCUCCUGGGAGCCCCGAGCAGCGCCCACCUGAUCUGGUCUCGGCCAUCAGCAGCUGGGUUCAGUUUGAAGAUGAUGCACCCUGGGCCAGCUCAUCACCACCUCCUCAAGAAGCAGGGGGGACAGCCACAUCACUGACCAUGCCCUGCUGGACCUGCCCUUCCUUCGACUCCCUGAGGAGAUGCCCUCUGCCCUCCGAGAGCAGCUGGACCACACAUUCUGAAGACACCAGCAGUCCUAGUUUCGGCCCCUCGUACACAGACCUGCAGCUCGUCAGCGCUGGGGAGCAGGGUGGCCUGGCUUCCGGGGCCGACUCGACAGACAAUUCCUCCUCUCUGCAGGAGGAUGAAGAGGUAGAGAUGGAGGCCAUCAGCUGGCAGGCUGGCAGCCCAGCCGUGAACGGACACCCCGCCACACCAGUGACCUCUGCGCGUUUCCCCAGCUGGGUCACUUUUGAUGACAAUGAAGUCAGCAGCCCUUUAUCCCCCAUCACGUCUCCUCUGAAGCCAGAAACACCGCCUCUUGCCUCCGUGACCCCAGAUGGACCUUACAACUCAACAGGGUCAUUUAAGAAGCGGGAGCGGCCCAAGAGCACUUUGAUAAACUUCUCCAAAGUUCAGAAGCUAGACGUGUCCUCCGUAAGCCAUCCGCCUGCCGUGCCCGAGGCUCCACCUUGGAGGGCCACCAAUCCUUUUCUGAAUGAGACGCUACAGGAUGUACAGCCGUCCCCCAUCAACCCUUUCCGGGCUUUCUUUGAGGAGCAGGAGAGGCGAGCCCAGAACAGUUCUGUGUCCGGUACCCCAGGCAAGAGCCAGAGGGAUUCCCUCAUUGUCGUCUACCGGGACGCUAUCAGUUUUGAUGACUCAAGCCGAAACCAGUCACGCUCGGAUGCUGUGGAAAAACUCAAGCGGCUCCAAAUCGAGGAUUCUGACCACGUGGAGGGUGCAACACUCCCUGAUGAUGACCCGACCGCCUGGACUGAACUGGAUGAGGACCCAGCCGGCUCCGAGCAGUCCCCGCCCAGAGACGGGUGGCCCAUGAUGCUUAGGAUCCCCGAGAAGAAGAACAUCAUGUCCUCCAGGCACUGGGGACCCAUCUACGUCAAACUGACGGCCGGUGGUUACCUGCAGCUGUUUUAUGAGCAGGGCCUGGAGAGGCCAUUCCGUGAGUUCAAGCUGGAGAUGUGCCAUGAGAUUUCCGAACCCCGGCUCCAAAACUACGACGAGAACGGGAGGAUCCACAGCUUGCGGAUAGACCGCGUCACCUACAAGGAGAAGAAGAAGUACCAGCCUAAACCCGCCGUGGCUCACUCGGCCGAGAGGGAGCAAGUCAUCAAGCUGGGCACCACCAACUAUGAGGACUUCCUGAGCUUCAUCCGGGCGGUUCAGGACCGCCUCAUGGAGCUGCCCGUGUUGUCCAUGGAGCUGAGCACGGUCGGCCUGAACUACCUGGAAGAGGAGAUGACGGUGGACGUCCAGGAUGAGUUCUCUGGCCUCGUGAGCAAGGGGGACAACCAGAUCCUCCGGCACCGUGUCCUGACACGGAUCCAUGUGCUGAGCUUCCUCUCGGGCCUGGCCGAGUGCCGGCUGGGUCUCAACGACGUCCUGGUCAAAGGGAACGAGGUGGUGUCCCGCCAGGACAUCGUGCCCACCACCACCACCAAGUGGAUCCGGCUCCAUGAGUGCCGCUUUCACGGCUGCGUGGAUGAGGACGUGUUCCGCAGCUCGCGCGUCAUCCUCUUCAACCCUCUGGACGCCUGCCGCUUUGAGCUCAUGCGGUUCCGGACAGUGCUCGCCGAGAAGACCCUGCCCUUCACGCUCAGGACGGCGGCGAGCAUCCACGGGGCGGAGGUGGAGGUGCAGAGCUGGCUGAGGAUGUCGGCGGGCUUCUCCUCCAACUGGGACCCCCUCACCCAGGUCCCCUGCGAGAAUGUGAUGGUCCGCUACCCCGUGCCCAGCGAGUGGGUGAAAAACUUCCGCAGGGAAAGCGUCCUGGGGGAGAAGUCUCUGAAAGCCAAAGUGAACCGGGGGGCAAGUUUUGGCUCAGCCAGCAUCUCCGGCUCUGAGCCGGUCAUGAGAGUCACCCUGGGGACUGCCAAGUACGAGCAUGCCUUCAAUGCCAUCGUGUGGAGGAUAAACCGACUGCCCGACAAAAACUCAGCUUCUGGUCACCCACACUGUUUCUUCUGCCACCUUGAACUUGGCUCAGACCGGGAAGUGCCUUCCAGAUUUGCCAAUCAUGUGAACGUCGAGUUCAGCAUGCCUACAACGUCUGCCUCCAAAGCUGCUGUGAGAUCCAUCUCGGUGGAAGACAAGACGGAUGUCAGGAAGUGGGUCAAUUAUUCCGCACACUACAGCUACAAGGUGGAAAUUGAGCAAAAAAAGAGUUUGAAGCUGGACUUGGAAGGAGACGACUUGGAAAAUCCCAAGGAGUGUGGGGUCCAGUGA